CGCCUUUCUGUGCCCUCACAUGUGUGAUGUUUGGGAGAAUAAAACAUGGCAGCGCCCUCGAGUGAAGUGCAGAUUGUUCCUGCCAAGAAGCCCGCAGUCCGAGGACCACGGCGGGUAGCCAAUCAAAUUCCAGAUGAAAUCCUGCAAGACCCUGAGUUACAGGAGGCGAUCAAAGCCCUGCCUGCAAAUUACAACUUUGAGAUCCACAAGACGGUUUGGCGAGUGAGACAAGCAAAUUCUAAGAGAGUGGCUCUGCAGCUUCCAGAAGGCCUGCAGAUGUUUGCCUGUGUCAUCGCUGACAUCAUUGAGAGGUUCACAGAGGCUGAUACCAUUGUGAUGGGAGACGUGACGUACGGUGCCUGCUGCGUGGAUGAUUUCACCGCCCGAGCCCUGGGAGCUGAUUUCAUGGUGCACUAUGGCCACAGUUGUCUCAUCCCCAUAGACUCCACAGCAGGUAUUAAGAUGCUGUAUGUGUUUGUGGAUAUCCAGAUGGACAAUGCACACUUCCUGGACACGGUCAAGUUCAACUUCCCUCCUGGACAAUCUCUGGCACUCGUCAGCACUAUUCAGUUUGUGGCAGCACUGCAGGCUGUGAGUGCAGCCCUCAAGCCAGAGUAUGAUGUGCUGGUCCCACAGUGUCGGCCUCUGUCACCAGGAGAAAUUUUGGGGUGUACCUCCCCUCGCCUGGACCGCCAUGUCAAUGCCAUAAUUUAUCUGGGAGAUGGAAGAUUUCACCUGGAGUCAAUCAUGAUCGCAAACCCAGAUAUCCCUGCCUACAGAUAUGACCCUUACAGUAAGGUGUUCACGCGGGAAUACUAUGACCAUGAGGCCAUGCGUGCCUUAAGGCUCCAGGCUAUUGACAAGGCUCGAUUGGCCCAGAGAUGGGGCCUGAUCUUGGGCACGCUGGGCCGUCAGGGCAGUCCCAAAGUCCUGGAGCAUCUGGAGUCGAAGCUGCAGUCACUUGGCAAGUCCUUCACACGAGUGCUUCUGUCAGAGAUUUUUCCCAGCAAGCUGGAUCUGAUGUCAGAUGUAGAUGCGUGGAUCCAGAUCGCUUGUCCACGCCUUUCUAUUGAUUGGGGCACAGCCUUCUCCAAACCCCUGCUGUCCCCAUAUGAGGCAGCUGUGGCUUUACAGGAGGUUGGCUGGAAGGAAGUCUACCCCAUGGACUUCUACUCCAAUCAGAGCCUGGGGCCAUGGGCGCCCAACCACCCUGACAACCAACCUGUGCGGCCCACUCGCAGACAGAAACAAGGCUCGGAGCCUGCCCUUCCUGCCAAGCAGUGUGGGCAGAACCAGUGCGCCCCCUGUGGCUGUCAAGGGGAGUGACGCAUCGUGACCAGCGCUUACUUUGACUGUGUCUCGUGCCUGCCAGUGCCUCUCUGCCUCUGCUAACAACAGGAGGGAGGUCAGACCAGAGGAAGGAGAGUGGGUAUUUGUCUGGACAGUCUAUCAGUAAGCCGAGCUAAAGCCAGAGGAGCCCCUCUUCAAAUGGAUUACCAGCCAUACAUAAUCCCUCAUUUUACAGCACAGGAGAUAAAACCAAAUUCAUUGCUUUUACUCACAUUCUCUGCAUGUGUUCUGAGCUCAAAAUUCAUGUAACAAGAGAAUAUCUUGUGUGUUUGAGCUCCUGCACGUUCAUGAGUCGAAUUUCCAUGAAGGAGCUGCUCUCUGCAGCACUGAGAACACAAUUCUUCCCGCUCAGGGGAAAUGUGUGGGCCUUUCUGUAAUGAAGACAUAGCUUUUGUAAUUGUUAGAGAGAAAAAGCGCAAGAUGACCUUGAGCACGUUGUAUGGAAUUAGAGUGUGUUAAUGUGGGUGGCUUUAGUCAAAUACAAUUCACUUGCCCUUGGAUAAAGCACUGUAUGUUUUCAGACACUUCAAAUGAGUUCCCUUCAUGCUGUGUUUCAGAGACAGUCAUAGACAGUGUAUGAGGCACUUUAUUUGAUGUACAGUAUGCAAGUUUUUAUUGAAAUGUGUAGAAUAAAAAUGUGAUGCUUUUUGACAUAA